CCUUCCGCUCUUCCACGGGGCUUCUCACUUUCUGUGCCUGCUCAUCUGGCGAUUCUACAUUGCAACUGACCGCCUUCACUUCUUCUUUUGUUGUGAAGAGUCCCCCGGUCAUUUCCUGCACUCCCUUCCUUUGAGGGGAGGAGUCCAAGAUUUUUGCUCACUUAUUCACCCGGAGUCCGAAAGCACUCCAACGUCGCUCAUUUUCACCUCUGCCUCAAAGCCCGCCCUCUCCUCAUGCACAGAGGCCUAAAUUAUCCUUCGACCGUCCCCGCUCCAUUUCUUCCGACUUCGACAAACUGAGAAUGGCCUUCAGUUUCUCCAACUCCGCUGGCGACACCACUGCGAUGGAGGCUGGACCGGAUCUCCCCGACGUCUACGCAGAGGACGUCGGCUUUAAAGGCGUGUCCGGUGACUCGAAUGUUCGACUACUCCCCACCCCAUGGCCCGAGGAUGCUCUUCCGGCGCCAACGUCUACCCUCCUCGCAGUUGCUUCAACGAAAGGCUUAAUCGUUGGCGCGGGACCAGACUGCCUGAGCAUCGCCUCCUGCGACUCAGUGAGGAAAGCGAUCUCUGCGCCCACGGACGCCAAGGUCAAGACAAAACCCUUCCAAUCUCAAGCGACAAUUCCCUUGCCUGCACGACCGACCCAUGUAGCUUUCGCAUCCGGCGAUAGCGCGUUAGUCGUCACCACGGAGGCUGGGUCGCAACUGUUGGUAUAUGAGACAGAUAGCCUCUUAACGGGCAAUGCGCAACCGGCUCUGUCCAUACCCGUCAGCGGCGCCCCCUUCCGCGCCAUCGCUCCGAACCCUGCGCUUCCAGACGAUAACGAGUCGUCGCUCUUGGCUCUGGUCACUAGUAAUGGUGAACUUCUCAUUGCGAAUCUCAAAGCCGGCGAACUGCUCACGGGAGCGAAUGGUCAGGUCAUGAAAUCCGGAGUAAGCUCGGUAUGCUGGAGCAACAAGGGAAAACAACUCGUGGCUGGACUUGCGGAUGGAACGGCGCACCAGAUAACGCCAACCGGCGACCAGAAGGCUACGAUUCCGCGCCCGGCAGAUCUUGAGGGAGAGUGUCAUGUGUCCUCUAUUUCCUGGCUUGAGAACGAUCUCUUUUUAAUGAUUUACACGCCGAACGCUGCAGAGGAUGAGACAGGCCAGACACCACCAUCGUCUUAUUACAUCAUUACCAGAAGGAAACAGGCGCCUUUCUUGAUCCAAAAAUUGCCCGAACUAUGCCUGCCGUUUGGAUGCAAGCGGACUCCAGCCUAUCAGUUUAUCGCGCGACUUCGGAACUACGAACCGGACCUCAAGGAUGUUUUGAUUCUUUCUUCUACUGCAUCCACUGAUGUUGGUUUGAUUACGAGGUCUUCUAAACCGCUCUCCAGCGAUGAAGAUGCUAAAAAGACUACCGAUGUCUUUACCACUACCGAAGUUAGCGAUGAUACUAAAAGAGCGUCGCUGCCAUUGACUGACUCCAGCGAAGACACGUCAGUUAUCGGCUUGGGAAUGGAUCUUUCGAGCACGGAUAUGGUCAUCGCCCCAAUUCAAGGCGAGGACAUCGCGGAGAGCUCGACCCCUCUGCCUAACCUCUUCGUCCUUAAUAACGAAGGUAUCCUCGCUUCCUGGUGGUUCAUCUACUCCGAGGCUAUUCGCAAGCAGUUGCCGUAUCAUGGUCAAGGAACCGGGAGCAAAGCCGAAGUCCAGCCCCAGUCUCAACCCCAGCCGAUGCGACCCGAGGCCCCGAAACAGUCUGCGUUCGGCCAGUCAGCAUUCGGACAGCCAGCAUUCGGACAGUCGUCAUUCGGCAGCCCGUCUGGCUCUGCAUUUGGAAAGGCUUCCACGGGACCAUCCUUUGGCAGCCCGUCAGCAAUUGGUGGACGUUCCCAGCCUUCAUUCGGGGCACCAUCGCUCCCCGGUGCUCCUUCAUUUGGUGCCCCGUCCCAAAUGGGUGCCUCUUUUGGCGCUCCCAGUGCGUUGGGACAGCGCGGCGCAGCUCAGUUCGGUAAAUCGAGCUUUGGCUCGAGUACACCUGCUCCCUUCGGACAAGCGUCUACCACUGGAAAUGCAAACAGUUCUCUACCGUUUGCCUCAUCGGGCGCACCUGCCGGAGGUGGCUUUGGCUCAUUUGCCAAUUCUGGCUCGGGUGGUUUCGGUGCAUUUGCAGCGUCCAAACCCGCCGGUGAAUCGCCUUUCAGCAAGCCGGCAGGCGAAUCACCGUUUGCCAAGGCAUCAACCGAGUCCCCAUUUGCGAAGGCGUCAACCGCUUCGCCGUUUGGAAAACCAACGAAUGAAUCACCAUUUGGCAAACCCGUGGCAGAAAAUCCGUUUGGAAAACCCUCGGCGCCGUCUCCUUUCGGAGGCCUAACAAACACAAACAACACGAGCUUCAGCUCGCAGAAAACAGAGGAGACCAAGAGCACAUUCGGCCUGGGCUCCAGUGGUUUCGUGCUUGGGUCUACUAUGAAAGGUGAUGGAAGCGCUGCAAACGAUGGCCCAAAGCCGGACAAACCGUCGGGAGGACUUUUCUCGCUCGGGGCAUCCAUGGAUGAUAUGGUCUCUUCACCUAAUAAGCCUAGCACGCCAGCGGAGUCUAUGGACGAUGCAGAAGACGCCCCUGCAGCCCCUGCAGCGCAAGAGGAGAAACCCGAAACCAAGCAACCGGCACCGUCAUUAUUUGGCGGAUCUUCGUUCGGAUCUCAAUCACAACCAUCUCAACCGUUUGGGUCCUCUCAGACUAAUAAAUCGCCGUUCUCCCUGUUCGGAAAUACCGAGAAGAAAUCUAGCCCUCUUUCUCCACAGUCAGAGCAAACGGUCACACCUUCGAAGCCCAAGGACGAGCCAGACGCACAGGGCUCACCUGCUGCCUCGAUGGCUGAGCCUCCGCUACCUCCCGAUCCAACCAGCAAGGCUGUGUAUGGGCCCGGAGACACUUCAGCUUCGUCUAACGUUUCCAAGAGUUCAGUUGAUGAUGCGCCUCUUCCGCCCGACUUUACUAUUCCGCCCAAGAGCAAGCCAGCCUCGAGUCUUUUCGGAGGAGAGCCUCCCCUGCCCCCUGAUUUCACGCAGAAACCGAAAGAAUCUGAGAAACCGGAGGAGGCACCUUUGCCCCCAGACCCAGCGACCUCUAAAUCUGCCGAAACUCCUACAAAAGACGAGCCUGGCCCAGUACCCGAUGGUUCGGAUGCGGAUGAAUCGGAGAAGGAGGGAGAGUCCGAUUUUGAGGAUAGCGGCGAAGAAAUCACGCAUGAGGACGAAGAGGAAGAGGAAGAGGAAGGGGAAGAUGAAGAAGAUACCAAAGAGACACCACCCGCUACCAAGAAGACACCCGAAAGCUCCUUCGAAUCUCAAUUCUCGACAACGAGUUCUACGGAGGGAUUGUUCUCACGCAUUCAAAAGCCCGCUCAAAAAACCCAGCAGCCUCCACGAUCUUUGUUCGGAGCUGCUACUCAACCUUUACUCCCCCCUGCUUCUCGUGCUCACCAUGAGUCUCCGAGGUCACCUAGCCCGGUGCGAAAUGGAACCAGGAAGAGCACGUCUGAACAACCUCCUGGCAGCGCCCUUGCCGCUCGCAAGGCUGAACUUGCGCGUUAUGCUGUAGAGGAACAGUUGAGGCUUCAAGCUCAAGAGGAAAAAGAACGAAAGGCUCGCGAGAAGCAGAGACAGCAGGAGCAAGAGGAAGCAGAGGCCUUGUCCGAAGACGAUGAGGAAGAGAAGCUGCGCGCUGAUCUUGCGUCGGCCUUAGAACCCGUUCCCACUCUAGACCCUUUUCUUCCCCACCAGGAUUACGCAGGUCAGCCCAGCAGACCGGGGAUUCCUGGCCAGAUCGAGAGGCUUUAUCACGACAUAAAUUCCAUGGUGGAUACUCUGGGCAUUAACGCACGGUCUUUGUCUUGCUUCCUCCUGUAUCAAAAGUCUUCAGCGGAUUCGGACUGGAUUGAAAAGCUGCAAGGGGAAUAUCCCUCCGAGUCUCUCGACGAGAAAUUGCGUCUCUCGGAGAUUGAAAAGUUUGACAAUGCAGUGCUUAAGCUCUCGGCGCUGCUCGAGAAGCACCGACUUCAAGGUGUAGACCAGAAGCUCGAAGCUUGCCAUGCGUUGCUCAGCAAAGAAAUCAUCACUCUGCGGACGCAAUGUGCGAGCAUCCAGAAGACUCUGGAUGCGCACACCGAUGCCGCGGCCAUUGUGUCUGCUCCGCUAUCUGCCGAGCAACUAGCUCUCCAGCAGGAUCUCCGGAAAACCUCCACUGAUAUUCAAGCCAAACUUGCUGACUUGGAGUCUGCCGUGUCUCUGUUGCGAGCCAGAAUCGCCGACGCCCCUCGCGAUGGUGCCUCACGGCCGUCUAAGCGGCCCACCGUUGAGGCCGUGACCUCGACCAUCUCGACGAUGAUGAACAUGGCCGAAAGCAAGCGCAGUGACAUCGACGUUCUCGAAGCCCAGUUGAAGAAGUUGGGAAUCGACACCGCCGCGUCUCCGGGCAGCCGGGAGGGUUCGCCUUUCACGACCCCGAGAAAGGGCAAAAACAUUCUCCCCACCACCCCCGGCUCCACUGCAUCUCGCGAUGGGCCUGUCAGCUCCUAUCACACCCCCGAGUCUGCCGGGCGAGGCAUCAACUUCCGCUCUAGUGUCAACGGCUCGGCACGCGCCAGUCGUCUCCGGAAUGUCAACGGCGUCAACGAUCUGGUGAGCAAAACGGAGACCGUCCAAUGGAAGGUGAAAUCGCAACGCCGGCAACACCUUGUUGGCAGUUUGAAGAAGGCGAUUGAUGAGAAAAAGGUCAAGGUCCGAAGUGCGGACGAUAUGUAGAAUCAAAUUUGUAUUCCACGUUCUUCUGUGUUGGUUAUUUCUUAUUCUUUUUGGUUUGUCCCAUCAUGGCAUGGUAAUGGAAGGCGAGUGGCUGUUCCUGGGUAACGCUCGUUGUAUGUACAUAGUGCUCUUAAGCAAUGACUUGACUGAUUCAAU